AUGAACUCUAUCUCGCAGACUCUCACGAUGGUGUUCUACUAUCUGGCAGCGUAUCCUCAAUACGCUGCUGUCUUGCGAGACGAAAUCGAGAGCACCGUCAAAGAGCACGGAUGGACCAAAACAGGCCUGGAUGCGAUGAGCAAACUCGAUAGUUUUGUGCGAGAAGUUAUGCGAGUUUCAGGUAUAUUCACGGGUGGCCUAUCGAGGAUAGCGAUGAAGGAUUACGUUUUCUCGAAUGGCACGUUUAUUCCUGCAGGAACACGAGUCGUGGCACCGACCGGAGCAAUUUACGCCGACGAUUCUGUCUAUCCAAAUGCAAAAGAAUUCUUCCCGUGGCGUUUUUACGACUUGCGGAAUCAAGCCGGUGAGAACGUUCAAGUGGUGAGCACAAGCACCAAUUUCCUGAGCUUUGGCCAUGGGCGAUAUGCAUGCCCAGGAAGAUUCUUUGCGUCGAUGGAGAUGAAGACAAUACUUGCACAUGUGGUCGUGAAUUAUGACGUGAAGAUGGAGAAAGAAGGCGUCAUCCCCCCUUCGACUAGAAUUGGCCAUUCCUGCGUGCCUAAUACGAAAGCGAAAGUCCUGCUUCGGAAGAGGUUUCCAGAAGCCUCUGAAUCGAACGGUUUACAUUAA